AUGUAUAAUCACAAUUGCAGAUUCUGUAUGCAUAAAAAUCAAUGCUUGUAUGCCUCGAUUGAUGAAAUUUCCAAAAAGGGAGAUCUUGUUUAAACGAUGAAUCUGAGUCUCUACUAUAAGCAUGGACAGAGCCAAAAUUAUUUUUAUUCUCGCCCUAUCAACCAAAUUAUAAGGAAGGAAAAGCGCACCAUCUACAUUAGAGUGGAGGAUUACAAAAUUUUGGAUACUCAAGAGGAAUAUCUUAGAUAAUUCUAUAAUCUGUCUAAAUGCCAGCUUCAACUCAAAUAACUAAUACAAUAUUACAAAUUUAGCAUUGAUCAUCCCAUGUUGUACUUUCUGGAACUAAAAGCCAUUAUUCUAAAAUACAUUAGUAGUAGAUCUUAGGUUGAAUACCAAUGGGCCAUGAACUAGAUAGAAAUGGAGGCCCAUAAGGAUGGUGGGGGGAGUCCGAAGAAAACUAAGAAGAAAAGCACUCCCAUGGCUAAAUAGGAGUUGACAUGCUUUUUGAAAGAUUUGAGUGAUACCCAAAGAUCUACUACAAUUUUAUAAUUACUCAAGAACGUAGAGGCAGACAGAGCACUUGAGAAAGAUCUGCAGAAGUAAUUCACUCAAUCUCUAGUCGAAUAAGAUUUAACCAAAGCCAUGCAAUUUUCUACUUUUAUAUAACAAAUGGAAUAGCAAAAAUAAAAGGAAUCUACGAAUAGAGAAAUUACCGCCAGUUCAAGGACAGUCUAAUUUGGAAAUGUGAAAAAACAACUCAAUCUACCAAUAGGGACUCCCAGAAAAGCUAGCAAUGCCAUCAUUAAUAUUUUUAGUACAGGAUCCAGUACUCAUACUCAUUCGAAUGUCACCAUUCGAGCAUAAAUUAACUAAGCUAAUGCGGGAGCAUCUACCAAUCCUACUCAUAGGACUGUUGCUCCCAAUUUCCAUUUUUUCAAUCAUAAUCUCAAUCCUACCACGUAGGUUUAGAAUACUCAGAGUACUGUGAAUCAUAAUUUUGUCACCAAAACAAGUAUUGUCAAUAGUUCCAAUGGCAAUAUCUUGAAACCCCAAACUAUCUUUAAAAUGUAACCUCUGAGAUUGAUGGAAGUACCUAAAUUAAAGAUCAAAUUGAAUCAUCAAGAUCCAAAAUCAGAAAGAAAAUAUGAUAGAGUUCAUGAGAAUAGAAUUGAUUGCUUAGCAUAAAGAGUGAAAACUUAGUUGGAUGAACCCAGCACUGCUAGGGGUAUUGUCAAUCCGAAAGCUGUAGUAAUCAAAAGAAGAUAAAAUUUUUAGCAUUGA